UGCAUUAGUAACAGAUUGGAGAUAAAACGAUAGAGCUCGCAGUCGCAGCUGCUUGCUGUAGGUAGUGUUCUUCUCGUAUUGAAACUCUUUGUGUUAAGUUUCGCGGUCGGAGCUAAUACAGAGAAGAUGUUCUUAAAAUUGGGAUGUAGCUUCCUAAGAGAAGCAAGUAGAAGCAACAGGAAAACACUGACAAAUGCGUUUGUUCCGUUGAUGCUCGUUCGUAACCUAUCGACGCAGACGAACAACGUGACCAAUCGGGUGAUCACGCGCAACCUCGAGCUGCGACAGCGCGUCGACGACUGCGACGACGGCGGGCAGCGCCCCCUGGCGUGCCUCUUCUCGUGGCUGAUGGCAAAGCGGCAACACCUGCACAGGUACGGCGACUUCUACCUGCAGCAAGGUUUCGACGUCCUCAACGUUCAGAUCCACGUCGACCAGGCCGUGCUGCCGGCGCGCGCCCAGAGCUGCGUGCAGCAGGCGUUGGACUACCUCUCACACCGCGCCGUCACGGUCGGCCCGACCCCGCUGCUCGUACACGCCUUCUCCAUCGGCGCAUACCUCUACGGAGAGAUGCUCAUCAAGAUGGCCGCCGAGUCGGAUCGCUACGGCGACAUCGUCAGCAGCGUCGGAGGCGAGAUCUUCGAUUCCGGCGUCGACUUUGAGGGAAUUCCGACGGGUUUCGGCAAGGCGGUGACGAACAAUCGCCGGCUGCAGAAGCUGCUUCGCGCGAGCCUGGAGCAGUACCUGAAGGUCACGUACGAACACACGACCAAAUACUACUUGAGAUCGUCAGCGAUGUUUCACAACAACUACAUGAAAUGCCCGUCGCUUGUCAUGUACUCUCUCACCGAUGCCAUCGGCUCGCAGGAAGGAAAUGAAAGAGCGAUGCGGCGGUGGCGAGCGCUGGGACGUGAGGUCUACAGCCACGCGUUCGAGAACGCCCCGCACGUCAGCCUCAUGUGGCGCUACCCGGCCGAGUACAAGCGACUCCAGCAGGAAUUCAUCGACAGGAUCCCCGCAUUCCGAAGCGUCGAGUCGCCCGUGAAGGUUUCCGCGAGGGCGCUGUAGUCGCGCGGCAUGCCACCAGGGGGCUACGAUGCACGUCCGCGCGUGCGGUCGAUCCCGUGCUAUGAAACACUUCUAUAGAGCGGUCACCUGUAUAUAUACAGGACACAGCUGUGAGAUUCUUGUCGAUAACAGAUGACAUUGGCAUUUCCCUUGACUAGCAGUAUUACAGCAGAUAAGGUCUGUCCCCCUGACCUGUGUUUGACCUGGUUCGUUUAGCUAUUUCUGACUAAUAUAUAUAGGGUUAGGGUUAGGGUUAGUCAGAAAUAGCUGAACGAGCCAGGUCAAACAGAGGUCAGGGGGACAUAGACCCUACUAGCAGUAUUACAGUUAAGCUCCCUCUGUCGAAUCGUCGCCCGUCUUUACAAGGACACUUGUGAUUUACCUGUAUUGACAGUUCUGUUAUGUAACCACUUUCAUAGAAAGGAUACUUUAGUUGGUUAUCAUAAGUGGCCCUGAUAUGCAGGGUUGUAGUAUUCUUUUCCUUGGCUCAUGGUAACAGUAACCAGGGAGAAAAGGAAAACGAGCAAGCUAUACAGAGGACUAAAGCUAUAGCUGCGUUCACACGUAUACACGGCCUAGCUGGUACCGUACUUAGUUGGUGCUAAGUUCGGGCUAAAAUGC